AUGGAUUGCGGUGAUGGUGUGGCCCUUAAUUCAUUAUCUCCCAUCUUCGUGGCUUUGUUCUCCCGAGUCCUCUGGAAAGAGAAAUUGAGUAUCUUCACUCCAGUUGCCCUAUUUAUCGGUUUAACAGGUGUUGUUCUUGUUGUAAAGCCGACUUUUUUGUUUGGCAUUUUGGUGGAGUCACAAGUAAAGGAAUUUAACCCGUUCAUGAAGUUGGUUCCUAUAGCUGGUGGCAUUAUCUAUGGAUUUGCGUUCAGUUGCAUGAGAAAAGUUGGUACCAAGCUUCAUAAGCCUCCAGACAUUGACAAAUGUGAGAAAAUCAUACGUUUCAGAAAGAUCAGAGACAUCGAUCAGGAGCUAUUUAAAGGAUUUGGUUUGUGUGCUGCUCUUCUCCUUUCAAAUCGUGGAUUGGCCAUAGAGAAAUCUGGUCCAGGGGUUCUCAUCAGAAAUUGUGAUAUAGUUGUUGCAUAUGCUAUUCAGGUUGUGUUCUUUUACAGUAUUCCUGAUGUGCUGAGUGUUUGUGGAGCACUACUGGAAAGAAUGCUGUUUCACGUGCGAGGUAAGCCUCUGUUCAUCACAUCGACCCAGGCUGAGAUUGACAAGUCAACGGCCGCAAAUGUGUCCCAAAUGCGAGACCCUCAAACUGAUGCCGAGAGAUGCGCCCGAAUAAAGAAUGGACCAGCGCCCCUCAAUUUAGAGGUUCCAAAACACGAAUUCAUCACGAAGAUAUAG